CCGCUGGCCCCGCCCCCUCUUCCCAAACACGUGGAUCUCUUCGAGUUUUUCAGUCUUUGUUCCCUGUUCGUCAGCAGCCCAGAAGCGGGAGUGUUGAUAAAGCUGUAAGAGAGCUGCAGCAGCAGCAGUUAAUGAACUCUGGAAAGAAGUCCAGCAGCUUGAGGAACAUCUGGUCAAAGAAACUGGAGGGAAGCAGGAGCUCAAACAGCGGCAGGACGCAGCAGAGGAAGAGACACCAGAUGAUGGAUGAUGUUUUCCAGCCCAGAUUAGUGCUGCCAGCAAAUGUUAAAGAAGAGGCUCCUGAAGAACAGAGUCCUGAUGUGGAUCAGCAGGAGCCAGAGCUCCUCCAGAUAAAGGAGGAACAGGAGGAACUCUGGACCAGUCAGGAAGGAGAGCAGCUCACUGUGAAGGAGGAGACUGAUACCAGGUUUCCAUUAACUGCAGCUCCUAUCAAGAAUUUUAAAGAAGAGGCUCCUGAAGAACAGAGUCCAGAUAUGGACCAGCAGGAGCUGGAGCUCCUUCACAUAAAGGAGGAAAGUGACAGAAUAUGGGCCAGCCAGGAUGGAGAACAACUGAAUGUGAAGAAGGAGACUGAUGAUACCAGGUUUCCAUUAACUGUUGUUGAUAUGAAGAGUGAAGAGGAUGACGAGAAACCUCUACUCUCUCAGCUUCAUCAACACCAAACCGAAGACAGAGAUCUUCCAAGAAGUAUCUCAAAUGACCAGAUAAAAGUAGAAAUUAAAGAAGAGGACCGUGGAACAUCAGUAUCCAGCAGGAACCCAGAUCUAAAUAUUCAGGGAGGCUCUUCCAAAUAUUCUGAAACUGAAGAUAGUGAGGAUGAUGAAGAGGAUGAUGAUGUGAAGCAUCAUGAAUCUGAGCUUAAAUGCUUAUCAGACUCUGAAACUGAAGAUAGUGAGGAUGAUGAAGAGGAUGAUGAUAUGAAGCAUCAUGAAUCUGAGCUUAAAUGCUUAUCAGACUCUGAAACUGAAGAUAGUGAGGAUGAUGAAGAGGAUGAUGAUAUGAAGCAUCUUGAAUCUGAGCUUAAACGCUUAUCAGACUCUGAAACUGAAGACAGUGAGGAUGAUUGGAAGGAGAGCAGGACUCCAGGAUCAGGCAGAAACACUGUCAACAAAUCUUUGAGCUGCUCUGAGUGUGGGGGAAAUUUUGCUAACAGACGCUCUCUUCAGAGUCACAUGACAUGUCGUCCAAGAUUAACGUCUUCAGAUUGUUCCGGUAAUGAGACGUGUUUCAGAGAAAAGAAAAUAAUGGAUUCACUGACAAAAGUCCAGACGAGUAGUAAAAAUUUUAAAUGUGGUGAGUGUGGUAAAAGUUUUAACAGGAAACAUGAUUUUAAAAAACACACGACAGUCCACACAGGAGACAAACUCUUCAGUUGUAGUAAAUGUGGAAAAAGAUUUUCCCAGAAGUCAAGUUUAGACAAACACAUGAGAUUUCACACAGGAGAGAUUCCCUUUAGUUGUGAUGUUUGUGGAAAAAGAUUUGCCUGGAAGUCAAAUUUAACCAGACACAUGAGAACCCACACAGGAGACAAACCCUUCAGUUGUGGUAAAUGUGGAAAAAGAUUUUCCCAGAAGGCAGGUUUAGACAAACACAUGAGAAUCCACACAGGAGACAAACCCUUUGGUUGUGAUACAUGUGGAAAAACAUUUGCCAGGAAGUCAAAUUUGGACACACACAUGAGAAACCACACAGGAGACAAUCCCUUUAGUUGUGAUGUUUGUGGAAAAAGAUUUGCCUGGAAGUCAGUUUUAACCAGGCACGUGAGAAUCCACAUAGGAGAAAAACCCUUUGAUUGUGAUGCAUGUGGAAAAACAUUUGCCAGGAAGUCAAAUUUAGAUCAACACAUGAGAAUCCACACAGGAGACAAAGCCUUUAGAUGUGGUAAAUGUGGAAAAAGAUUUUCCCAGAAGUCAAGUUUAGACAAACACAUGAGAAUCCACACAGGAGACAGACCCUUUGGUUGUGAUACAUGUGGAAAAAGAUUUGCCUGGAAGUCAGAUUUAACUAGACACAUGAGAACCCACACAAGAGACAAACCCUUCAGUUGUGGUAAAUGUGGAAAAAGAUUUUCCCAGAAUUCAAGUUUAGUCAAACACAUGAGAUUUCACACAGGAGACAAACCCUUUAGUUGUGAUGUUUGUGGAAAAAGAUUUGCCUGGAAGUCAAAUUUAACCAGACACAUGAGAAUCCACACAGGAGACAAACCCUUUGGUUGUGAUACAUGUGGAAAAACAUUUGCCAGGAAGUCAAAUUUAGAUCAACACAUGAGAAUCCACACAGGAGACAAUCCCUUUAGUUGUGAUGUUUGUGGAAAAAGAUUUGCCUGGAAGUCAGUUUUAACCAGGCACGUGAGAAUCCACAUAGGAGAAAAACCCUUUGAUUGUGAUGCAUGUGGAAAAACAUUUGCCAGGAAGUCAAAUUUAGAUCAACACAUGAGAAUCCACACAGGAGACAAAGCCUUUAGAUGUGGUAAAUGUGGAAAAAGAUUUUCCCAGAAGUCAAGUUUAGACAAACACAUGAGAAUCCACACAGGAGACAGACCCUUUGGUUGUGAUACAUGUGGAAAAAGAUUUGCCUGGAAGUCAGAUUUAACUAGACACAUGAGAACCCACACAAGAGACAAACCCUUCAGUUGUGGUAAAUGUGGAAAAAGAUUUUCCCAGAAUUCAAGUUUAGUCAAACACAUGAGAUUUCACACAGGAGACAAACCCUUUAGUUGUGAUGUUUGUGGAAAAAGAUUUGCCUGGAAGUCAAAUUUAACCAGACACAUGAGAAUCCACACAGGAGACAAACCCUUUGGUUGUGAUACAUGUGGAAAAACAUUUGCCAGGAAGUCAAAUUUAGAUCAACACAUGAGAAUCCACACAGGAGACAAUCCCUUUAGUUGUGAUGUUUGUGGAAAAAGAUUUGCCUGGAAGUCAGUUUUAACCAGGCACGUGAGAACCCACACAGGAGACAAACCCUUCAGUUGUGGUAAAUGUGGAAAAAGAUUUUCCCAGAAGGCAGGUUUAGACAAACACAUGAGAAUCCACACAGGAGACAGACCCUUUGGUUGUGAUACAUGUGGAAAAAGAUUUGCCUGGAAGUCAGAUUUAACUAGACACAUGAGAACCCACACAAGAGACAAACCCUUCAGUUUUGGUAAAUGUGGAAAAAGAUUUUCCCAGAAUUCAAGUUUAGUCAAACACAUGAGAUUUCACACAGGAGACAAACCCUUUAGUUGUGAUGUUUGUGGAAAAAGAUUUGCCUGGAAGUCAAAUUUAACCAGACACAUGAGAACCCACACAGGAGACAAACCCUUCAGUUGUGGUAAAUGUGGAAAAAGAUUUUCCCAGAAGGCAGGUUUAGACAAACACAUGAGAAUCCACACAGGAGACAAACCCUUUGGUUGUGAUACAUGUGGAAAAACAUUUGCCAGGAAGUCAAAUUUAGAUCAACACAUGAGAAUCCACACAGGAGACAAACCCUUCAGUUUUGGUAAAUGUGAAAAAAGAUUUUCCCAGAAGGCAGGUUUAGACAAACACAUGAGAUUACACACAGGAGACAACCCCUUUAGUUGUGAUGUUUGUGGAAAAAGAUUUGCCUGGAAGUCAAAUUUAACCAGACACGUGAGAAUCCACACAAGUGAAAAACCCUUUGGUUGUGAUCCAUGUGGAAAAACAUUUGCCAGGAAGUCCAAUUUAGACCUACACAUGAGAAUACGCACAGACAAGAGAAGCCCUUUGGUUGAGAUACUUGUGUUAUAAGAUUAUAGGAAAAGUCAAAUUUAAACCCACACAUGAUAACUCACAGAGGAACUAAACCCUCAAGCUGUGAUGCUUGUGCAAGUCAUUUUUAAAAAAUACACGUAAGAACAGACAAUGGAGAGAAACAUUUUGAAUGUGAUGAUUAUGGUAAAAACUUGACCUUUUAUGGUCUAAACCAGGUCUAAACCAGCACAAUAGAAUUUACAGAAAACAUAAGCUCAUUGCUGGUUAUGAUUGUGGACAAGAUUUAAACAUAAUUUUUGCCUCUAAUCAUAUAUCGGGCGCAAGUGUGGCUGACAUGGUGGUAGUUUGUCCUUUAACUGGAGGGUUCCUGGACCCCCGCUCUGUCAGUCUCAGUUGUUGUGUCCUUGGGCAAGACACUUCCUUCACCCUCCUUGCCUGCUGAUGGUGGUCAGAGGGCUUGGUGGUGCUGAUUGCAUGCCAGACUCGCUUCUGUCAGUCUUCCCAGGGGCAGCUAUGGCUACAAUGUAGCUCACCACUGUCAGUGUGUGAAUGUGUGUAUGAAUGGGUGGAUGUAGUGUAAAGCGCUUUGGGGUCCUCGGACUUGAUAAAGUGCUAUACGAGUGCAGGCCAUUUACCAAAUAGCAGCAAUAAACUUGCAGCCUGAAGUUAUGGAUAACUUUGUCCGUUCAUAGCUGCUCUUAUCUACUCUGGUCUCCUUAGUCAGUAUUGUUUUUGGCCUGCUUAUAGAGGGGCCAGUCCCCUCUGGUGUGGGCUUCUUCAUUUGGUGUGGCCCAGCUUCCUCAGGUGUGGUUGCUGUUGUUGUAUGUGCAAAAUGUCUUGGUGGACACACAAAUGCCCUCACCAAAACUGGUUUAUGAUGUCAUUGUGUCAAUGAGUUUGUUGAGGUCAGUGGCUGUAGCUUAAAAAACACUCCAAUCUAUGCAUUCAAAGCAGGCCUGUAACUUCUGAUUUGAUUACUCUGUCCACUUCCUUAUAGUCCUCACCACAGGCUUACAACUUCAUAAUUUCUGUUGGUUUGUAUAGUCUUGAUGCGGCUCAGGUUGCAGUGCAGGCAUCUUUUAAAACUGUGUAGCAGUGGUCCAGAGUGUUAAUCUCUCUGGUUGGGGUCUCUGUAUUUAGGAAGUUCAUACAUGAGAUUUGUUCUGUCAACGUCCCAGAGAACUAUGAUAAGGAAGUCUUGAUUUGUGUUCCUCCGCGUCUGUUAUUCGGUCAGCCAGCUAAGGGCAGCAGAUCUGUGGAAAUCACGGGUUUCUUAUGCUAAGGAAGAGCAUCUCGGUCAUUUAGUUUGCCAGGGAGUGGAUAUUUGCGAGGUAGAUAUACGAGAGCAGAGCUUGCAGUCCUGUCAGAGCUUGACAAGCAUACCUGCACAUUUUCCCAGUCUUCUUCUCCCGUACGUCCCACGGAGAGCCGCUGCAUUUCCAACAAGGAUCUCAAAAAAUCUCUGGAUGGGUGGAAACUGGAAUAAAAACUGACUUAUUCUUAGGAGUUGCUGUCUGGUUGGAAGUACCUGUAGUGCAACUGCAAGGUACAGUAAAAAUACAGGAAAAAAAAAAAACAAAGUACAGAGACGGCCAUGUAUAGCGCCAUCUUGGAUCUAACAAUGAUUCCACAUUGCUCUGGAUUGCCUCCUUGUUGUGCUUCAAGCUUGUUGACCUUUUUUUUUGCUAGAGAUCAUAUUUGAAGUUUUGAGUUGUUCUUGUAAACAACUGUGACUUUGUUAUGGUGAUACAUUGCAUCAUAGUCCACAAGAAUAUUAUCAACCAGACAACAAGGUAAAAAAUCCUAAAGAAUAAAAAAACUUGUCAUGUAAUAAGUUGUUAUCUUGUCAUACUAUUCUAUAAUUUUGUUAAAUCAUUAUAGUGAGGAGUUUCAUUCUAGAAAUCUAUGUUUGUUAUGGAUCUAAUUUAGAUUGUAUAUAUUGUUUGAUAUAUAGUCACCUCUGGCUGCUCAUCUCUCUUAUUAUAAUGAUGUUUAUUGCCUGGUUCACACGGCAGGAUUUUCAAAUUGUCAGCUGAUUUUCAAAACCUGAGACCCCAUACAUGAUGAUUAACAAAAUUGAUGUAUAACGGGUUCGGUUUUCCCAGCAAGCACAACACACCACACACUAACAGAUUUCACUUACAAACAUUCAGAUUUCAGGCUGAAAACUUCGGAAACCCUCUUGUGAUCAAACGUGAGUUCGGACUAAUUCCCUUCCGUGUUUCUCUCACCUCGCUUUCUGAUUGGCUACACGUCACAUUCAACAGGCUGAGUGCUCAUAUGUCCUCAGGGAAUACCCCACAGAGUAGGAAAUCUGGGAAAGACGAUCCAACAUGUUGAAUGUCUCUGAUUUGAUUCAGAGCAGUCCAGACGUCCUUCCAAGCAGACUAGAUCACUCUUAACCCACCACACACGGCAAGAUUAUCUCAUAAGAUUAUCUUGAUAGCUAGCACCAUGAUCGGGCAUGUCGGAAGAUCGGGGUGAAAAUCGGCAUAAAAUCCUGCCGUGUGAACCAGGCACUACUUACCGUCUGAUUUGUGUUGUGACUAGUUGUUUGAACACAUACCAAUUGUUCUUAAUUACUUUUAAAACUAAUUUGACCUCAUUUCCAGAUUCUUCAAAAUAAAUAUUGGUUCUUAAGCAUACAUAUCAUCACUGAACUGUGAUAUCAUUGCAUCAAUUGUAUUGGUCCCCUUUUCCCUUUUUAUUUCUAUAUAGUUUCAUUAGUUUCUGUAUUCCUUCAUUUUGUUUGGUAGUUUUUAUUGAAUGGUUCUAGUCUAGUAUUUUGUUAAUUGAAAUAUUUUAACUUGGAGUUUAAUUGUUUUUGUUGAUAAAUUCUUACAUUUUGAAGAGA